CUGAGGCAGUUAUUGCUCUCAGUAUUUUUGCUUUCUCUGAGUGCAGUGGUAGGUGAAAGGCAGGGAAGGAGCAGCAGUCAUGGAUGAUGUAUAUAAAGCAGCGGUUGAGAACUUGACAGAGGAGCAGAAAAAUGAGUUUAAGGCUGCGUUUGACAUCUUCAUCCAAGAUGCAGAGGAUGGCUGCAUCAGCACCAAAGAGUUGGGGAAGGUGAUGAGAAUGCUAGGACAGAAUCCCACCCCAGAAGAGUUACAGGAGAUGAUCGAUGAGGUGGAUGAGGAUGGCAGUGGCACAGUGGAUUUUGAUGAAUUCUUGGUCAUGAUGGUCCGCUGUAUGAAGGAGGAGAGCAAAGGAAAAUCUGAGGAGGAAUUGGCUGAACUGUUCCGCAUGUUUGACAAGAACGGAGAUGGCUACAUAGAUUUAGAAGAGCUGAAGGCCAUGCUUGAGUCCACUGGAGAGGCCAUCACAGAAGACGACAUUGAAGAACUGAUGAAGGAUGGAGACAAAAACAACGAUGGAAGAAUUGAUUAUGACGAGUUCCUUGAGUUCAUGAAAGGAGUUGAAUAAACAAUCCAGCGUCCUCAAAUUGCAGCAUCUUCCAUUCCUUAGGACAUCAUUCCACCUUGUGUCUGCGUCUAACAAAACCAACUGUCCUGUCACCUAUUCUCAAAGAACCCCACCCAGGCCCUGAAAGGUCAUUGACCGACUGACUGAAAUAGCUUUACUUCUGAUAGCGAUGAUUCAUCAAAAUGUCAUAAAGACUGUUAAUUAAAAAGAUUAUUAUAAUUGUG